UUCUGACAGUUCUCGUUGCAUUGUGUGGAAGGCUUUUGUUGUUUCUCCGCUCUCGAGUUAGUUCGUCACAUUUUUGACAGCUCGUUGGCUUUUAGUGACUAAAGUGUAUAAAUUUUCAAACCGAUUUAACGCAGUCUAAAACUGGUGCAAUUUGUGUUAAAUAUGAGCAGAUAUAGCAACGAGGCCAUUUGAAAUUGGUGAAAUUGUUUCUGGAAUCGUUUGCUCCAUAAAUUAAUAAAAUUAAGACGUUGAAAAGUGGUGUGAAAACUCCACUCGGAAGGGGUCGAUUGGCAGUCGUGGGGAAGAGUCAGUGAGGAAGAAAAAACUCAGCAAGCCUAGAAUUUCGACUUGUUGUUGCUUGGCAAACACCAUUUUCAAUAAGAGACGGUUACUUUGUUAGUUCCUCCGGCGGAAUACGGAAUACAACCUUUCUUGGGAAGCGGAGUCCUUAAAAAGCCAUCAAAAUUGAGGAAAUCGAGGAAAUUGUGGAGACCGAGGAGGUCAUCCUCUCUCCCGAUGAAAUGCAACACGAAGAAUAUGAAAUCACCUCGGUGCCCAUCGAAACUACGACAGUGCAAAACGUCGUAAAGCGGGCCGACAUACGAGACCUGACCCGGGAGGCGCACUACCAGACCAAAUUGCUGCAGCAGGAAAAUGAAGCUCAAGAACUUAACUUCCAACCGGCUUCUAGUGCCGAGGACACUGAGGGCUCCGACCAGGAACAUACCAUGGGAGAGCAUAAUUUCAGUACCGAGCACGAAGGGGAUCACAUGGACAUGGAAGGCAUCAGUCCAAAUCAGUCAGCAAUUCGCAAACGCCGUGGCAAUCUCCCAAAGCAUUCGGUAAAGAUCCUGAAGCGGUGGCUUUAUGAGCAUAGAUACAACGCAUAUCCGAGCGAUGCGGAGAAAGUCACCCUUUCACAGGAAGCCAACUUGACGGUAUUACAGGUUUGCAACUGGUUCAUCAAUGCACGUCGUCGAAUUCUUCCAGAAAUGAUUAGGCGAGAAGGCCACGAUCCCCUGCAUUACACCAUUUCUCGACGAGGAAAAAAGUUGAACAGUCAGAUGGCUACCAUGCAGGUCCAAAAUCCAAUAACUAUGAGUCCUGCAUCGGAAGUUAUCGUUGGAGCUACGGAGGAGAUUAUCGAAGAAGAAGAGGUAAUCGAAGAAGGCGUUCCCAACAUUAUAACUUCCAGCAUUGGUCAGCAGUACGUUCAGACACCAUCUGGGCUGGUUAAGGUGGAGGAAGACAUCGACUUUGAGGACCACAUUAUUUAUCGCUAUUCGUAUAACAUUCAUUCCUACCGAACCAAAAAACCCAUAUUAAAUCAUGUAAUCAAGAAAAGAAAAUAUUCAAAACGCAAGAAAAUUCAAGCUUUAACCAAAAUUCAAAAGAAACGUUUCAGAUCUGACGAGAGCAAUAUCGAAUACGAAUAUCCAGAAGAAGAGGAGGAAGAAGAGUUGCAGACAGAGCAGACAGAAUGGGAUGGUAUCAUUCGAUAUGCCAAUGACAAAGAUGAGGAAAUUCCCGAAGAGAUCACAGAAGAGGAAGUAAUUGCUUCGGAUAGUCCCGAGUACUUCACGGCUACCCAAACAAAUAUCACCACUCUGCCACAAUUGCCAACCUUGAGCACGGUCAACACAUCAGUGCGGGCAUCCACGACAACGGCAACGCAUAUCGUUACCAACCCAGUUCCCGUUGGAUUGUCCAGGGUACAUGUGGUGUCCUCCUCGGCCAAUACCAGCAACGUAAGUAGCCCGAUCGUGGCGACGGUCAAAUCGGCGGGUGGUGGCACGGUUGUCACGAGUCAGCAAGCCUUGCAAGUUAGCAAAACGACGACGGUAAAGAAAAUCAUCACAACUCCGGUGGUGGAAACGAGCGCCAAAACGAUAACCCCCAUUACGACGUCAACGGGUACUACUGCCGUGCUAACGGCGAUCAACUCGAACAUCAACAAUAAUAACAACAACAACAGCAGUAGCAAUAACAACACCACCCAAGCCAACUCACAGCACACAACGACAGCCGUCAAAGUCAAAGGAGUCAUUCGAGACGACAAAGACCAGUUCAAAUGCCUCUACCUGUUGGUUGAAACGGCAGUAGCAGUCCGCCAGAGAGAAAAAGAACAGGACGAUGUGCACGUUCUCGGCAAUUAAAAGCGACAACCCUUAAAAUAUUAUUUUAUCUCCCUUCCUCCUUUUUUGUCUUCGUCAUCCGUCGUCCGUUUCCUUAAAGUCGAGAAUAUCACAUUCAAUCCCCAUUAUUCCCUCGAGAUCCCUUUCCCUAUUAGAUCUAAACGUAUAAGCAGAGCAAGAUUUGUUAUUUUUUCUAAUGAAACAUAGAAAAACACGAAAAUCCUGAAAAUGAGAAUUUUACUGUAACUUCGUAAGAACAAAUUUAUGCUAGGUGAUAAUAUGAUGUAAAUCUACGUACGCAAAAAUGAGUGCAAACAGAAACUUACACACAAUUCUGCAAGCAAAACACACACAAACACAAAUUUGUAUAUAACUGGACUAUAUACACUUACACUAAUCAUAAGGCGUACGCAGAAUAAUGCAGAAAAAACAUUAUUACGAAGGAUCAGAAAAGCAACUCUACUAUUAAUCGUAACUAUUACUAACUAGUUCAUAAAACAGAAUAGAAAAACACAGAGAGCGAGCGCGUGAUUUCUUCUAUCCGAGCGAAUCGUGUUUGUUUUAAUGCCAAUCACUUUCCAAUUUUACAUUUCUAUUUUAAUUAGUUUACACAUUACUCUCUUAACUACAAACAGAAUCGAUAACGCUAGAAAUUGAAUAAAAUUUGCGAAACAACAUUACAUGCUUCAGGGGUAUUCCAAUUCCAUGCAAGUCGAUCGAUACUCUUACUAUAGUGAAAUUGGUUGAUGGUCUAUUGGCUUGCACAAUACUCCAAAUAUAUGAAAAAGCUCAACGAAAUUCAGAAAGCAAGUCUACCUUUAAACAAAGUCAACGCGUCCCAAUCGCAGUGCUGUGGCACAUCGUUAUUCGAAAAGGAGCAGUCACGAGUGGACGAGAUCAGGAAGUUGACUGUCCUGAAUUUCUUCCACCGCUACCUGUGUUAGUGUUCUAUGUACGUCGAUAAUUAUUAUUUGUGGACCUGGUAAACCAUUUUUUUUAACGUUGAUUUAUAGCGCGUGUAGUCAUUACGGAUCAAGAAACAUGUCAUUCGGGAAGCGAUAAUAGUAAUACUGUAUCAGUUCCCUUUAUUUGUUUCUAUUUUUUUUCAGUUGUUCAAACAAUGUGUAAAGGAUAAUAAGUUUGCAUAUCUCUCUUCAUUCUGCAUUAUUAGCUAGCUAAGCUAUAGAUCACGCAUCUUCCCUUUGCGCAAUAAAUUUAUUUCUAUUACGCAACGCGAUUUGGAAAGUGUGGCUUAUUUGCGGACAAGUCACAACACUAAAAAGGGCCCUCAUAUAGCUGUUCCUUGUACUGUUUAUUUUUUCGCGUUGAAAUGUGCACGUUUGCCCCAUGUGUCUAAUUUUAUUUACUUAUUUAUAGAAUUAUUUGAAACCCGAUAAACAGUGAAUUUUGGUAUCGUUGGAAGAAAAUGGCAAAACUCUCAUAAAAUAAGCACAUUUUAUAAAUAAAUGUAAAAAAGUCUAUUCUAUAGAAAUAAUCAAAAAUUGAAAUAAAAACCCUCACGAAAAAUUUAAA